GUGUUUGGGGCGGAGCAAUACUCCUAAUCUUCUUUUCUCAUUCCACUGGAUGAUGAAACCAGGCUACAUGUAGGUAACAUAAUAACUACCAUGUUUGUGCUUUCUACUAGGAAACGGCCUGCGAUUCUGGCGGCUGGACCGCCGGGCCGCUUUCCGAACCGAGCUGCUUGGUCUAAUUCAGCGACAGGCCAUGAACGGAGAAGCCUUCCGCUUGGCCCUACCACAUGCAGGCCGGUAGACUGUAAGGAGAAGGCUCUCGCAUCUGACGAGUAGUCGGCCAAACCAGCUAUCAAAUGGCAGGUUGCUGAAUAUACGAGACUCACACGAUAAUCCAUACCUCGAUUUAUGGUGAGGCAAAGGCUCACGUAGGACAAAACAGGCGGUGAGGAUAGAGUGGCUUGAGGUGUAACCGCCUAUCGAUUCCAGACCAUCGGGUAUAUG